ACUGCACCUGCCCGCGUGGGUAAUGCGCCCGCCGCAGACUCCGCGCACGACUCCGCCUGGGAGCGCGCUGGGGGCCGUUGGAGUCCAGCAUGGCCCGGACCCCGGCGGCGCUGCUGCUGGCGCCUCUGCUACUCCUGCAGCUGGCGACCCCUGCCCUGGUCUACCAGGACUAUCAGUACUUAGGGCAGCAGGGCGAAGGUGACACCUGGGAGCAGCUGAGGCUGCAGCAUCUAAAGGAAGUCGAGGACUCAAUCCUUGGCCCAUGGGGAAAGUGGCGGUGUCUCUGCGACCUGGGCAAGCAGGAGCGCAGCCGCGAGGUAGUGGGCACAGCGCCGGGCCCGGUUUUCAUGGACCCGGAGAACCUGAUCCAGUUACGGCCCUGCCGGCAACAGGAUUGUCCAUCCUGCAAGCCCUUCGACUGCGACUGGAGGCUCUGAGCCCGGGCCCCAUGGUCUACGCCAUCUGUUAUUGUCCCCUGUCUCGCCUGGCAGAUCUGGAGGCGCUGAAAGUGGCAGACUCAAAGACCCUGUUGGAGAGCGAGCGGGAAAGGCUGUUUGCGAAAAUGGAGGACACGGACUUUGUAGGCUGGGCGCUGGAUGUGCUGUCUCCAAACCUCAUCUCUACCAGCAUGCUUGGGCGGGUCAAGUACAACCUGAACUCCCUGUCACAUGAUACAGCCACUGGGCUUAUACAGUAUGCAUUGUACCAGGGCGUGAACGUCACCCAGGUAUUCGUGGACACCGUAGGGAUGCCAGAGACAUACCAGGCGCGGCUGCAGCAAAGUUUUCCCGGGAUUGAGGUGACGGUCAAGGCCAAAGCAGAUGCCCUCUACCCAGUGGUUAGUGCUGCCAGCAUCUGUGCCAAGGUGGCCCGGGACCAGGCCGUGAAGAAAUGGCAGUUCGUGGAGAAACUGCAGGACUCGGAUACUGAUUAUGGCUCAGGCUACCCCAAUGAUCCCAAGACAAAAGCGUGGUUGAAGGAGCACGUGGAGCCUGUGUUCGGCUUCCCCCAGUUUGUCCGGUUCAGCUGGCGCACGGCCCAGACCAUCCUGGAGAAAGAGGCGGAAGAUGUUAUAUGGGAGGACUCAGCAUCCAAGGAUCAGGAGGGACUCAGGAAGAUCACAUCCUACUUCCUCAAUGAAGGGUCCCAAGCCCGUCCCCGUUCUUCCCACCGAUAUUUCCUGGAACGCGGCCUGGAGUCUGCAACCAGCCUCUAGCAGCUGCCUCUAUGCGCUCUACCUGCUUCCCCAACCCAGACAUUAAAAUUGUUUAAGGAGAA